UGCCUCUUGCCGUAAGGGCAGUAGUGUGUUCCAUCGAUGCGUCUCAAAGCUCAUCUCGUCUCGCUGGUCGAGUUGCUCUUCGUCGGGGUUCUUAGCGCUGCUGCGCCAGCCAUGACCACCAACGUGUGUGCGUCUCCUGCGUUUGCUGCGGCCCCCGUCAUUGCAAUGGGCCGUACGCCAGCAUCCAUCAAGGUACUUGUUCAAGACGAGUAUGUCUGCUUCCAGUUCAACAUCUCGGACGACACGGUGCAGUGGGGGUCGCUUGCCAUUGCGUCGACGCCCAAAAUGGUCGGCGACACACCGUACAACGUUGUGAUUUUGGAUGUCGCGGCACCUCCUGCGUUGCUCUACACCAUGAAGGGCUAUGGCCGUCGCGAAACCACCGUCAACUCGGACCAAUCGCCAAUCAACGUGACGCAGUCGACGCACAUCAACGGUGUGCUCUCGUUUACGUUUCAGCGGCGACUUGCAGCCGUUGUCGACUCGGACGUGGCCAUUGACCCGAGCGGCGUCACGACGUUGACGUGGUCGUACGACACCAAGUCAUUCCCAUCCGACCACAAGGCCAGCGGUGCGCUUCAGCUGACGCUCAACGCGGCGCACAAUGUCAAUGCACCGCUCAACACACUCUACACGGCGGUCAUUGCAGCUGGUGUCUUUGGCGUCAUGUUGGCGCUUGGUAUUGUCGCCACGUACUUGGGUCGUUUCCGCCUCAUCAACUACACAACGUUGUGCGCUCCGCCCAAAUCCGACAAAGGUCUUGCGCCACUGGUGCAGAUUCUCGCCGACCUCAAGAUCGGAGAAGGCAUUAUCGUGCUGCUCUUUCUCGGUGCGCUCGUCGGUGCCAGUCUCUAUCUCCAGACGCCAACGCCGAUUCUCAACUACGCUCGCUUUGCGUUCAUCUCGGGCCACCUCUCGUUACUGAGCCUGAUGUUUUCGCUCAUUCCAAUUGCGCGCGGACCGCACUGGCAACAUUUAUUUGGCUCGUCCCAUGACCGUGUACUGAAAUUCCAUCGUGCGAGCUCGUGGCUGUUUGUGCUCUUUGGCCUCGUGCACCUGGUGCUGUACAUUCCAGCGACGAGUCCCGUUAGCACUCAAGUGUAUGGGCUGUCCGCCGUGCGGCCCAUCGCUGGCGCAUUUGCCCUGGUAGCAGGCCUCUCGCUCGUCGUGGCGAGCUGGUUUCGGCGCAAGCACUAUGCGCGCUUUUACAUGCACCACCGCAUCGCGUCGGUCUUCGCCUUCAUUUUUGUCGUCUUGCACAGCACUGUGAUUGCGUACGCGAUGAUUGUACCCCUCGCGCUCUACGUGCUCUCGGGCGUCUUUCGUGUUCGCGCUUUCUGCCAAACCUUUGAUGCUGCCGUUCAACUAGCGGGCCCCAAGACCGUGACACUGACGCUGCCAUCGACACCGUUGACGAAGAAAUGGGUGGCGACCAUGAACCCAUCGUCAUUCUACUACCUGCAAGUUCCGAGUGUCUCGGGCGUUGAGUGGCAUCCGUUCACGGCCGUCGUCACGCCGGACGGUACCUCGAUCGGGUUUUGCAUCAAGGCCAUGACGACCGAACGGUUUGCAGACAAGUUGGUCGCAGACGUCGUCGUUCGCACGGGUACGGGUCGAGCGACGCUGCCGAUUGUGCUCGGGGGACCGUACGGCACCGUGUCGGUGCACCUCCCAUCGUACCAAGUCGUCGUUCUCGUUGCCGGCGGCGUCGGCAUUACACCGAUGCUGAGCACGAUUAACCAGCUUCGGCACAAACAGGGCAAACCUGGGGCUGUCUUUCACUUGUACUGGGUGGUGCGCGACGCGAACGAUCUGCUCAUGGCCGAGACACUCAUGUACCCGCUGCCCGAGUCGCUCGUCUAUCGCUUUUAUGUGACGACGGCGUCGACUGAAGGCAGCGUGCAUUCUGCGUCGAUGGUGCACCAACCGUACAACGCCCGCCGCCCCAAGUGGGACGAACUGAUCAACAGAACGAUCUUUGUCGGCAAGUCGGUGUGCGUUUUGGCGUGCGGGCCCGAUCCGCUCACGCGCGAAGUGCAAUCCGUCGCGCGGAAGUAUGGCUUUGACUUUCACAAGGAAGAGUUUGCGUGGUAGCUGAAAACGUGACAACCUCGAGCUUGGUAGUUGUAUCAUUCGGACGGAGCGCCUCGCAUCCGCGCAUGAAAUGGGUGGGAUAUACAUGCUAAGCAAAAGAAUUCUAGUACUCAUUUUCGCCCCGUGGCUA